AUGCAAAAAGUUUUGCAUGUAAGAUGGGAGAAUAUUAUUUUGAAUCUUAGUGUUUAUUAUGUGAUUAUAAGAAAGGUUUCUAUUCAGUAGAACCAAAAGCAUAUAAUUGUUAGAAGGUAGAUCCAAAGACUAUCAAAUCUAAUACAAUAAAUAAUAUUGAAUUAUAUCCUGGAUAUUGGAGACCAAACAUCAGAAGUCAUUAUAUAUCAAAAUGUUAGAAAAAAACUAAUAAUUGUUAAGGAGGUUGGUAGAUUGGAGAUGAAUCUUGUGAAGAAGGAUCUAUUGGAGCUCUAUGCGAAGAAUGUGAUAUAUAUAAUUUUAGAGGAUUUGGAUAAUAUUUUAAAAAUUAGAAUUAUUAAUGUGAAAUCUGCAUUGGAUUUGCUGGAGAUAUUUUGUUUUCACUCUUCAUAAAUUUAAUGUAAUAAAUAUAUAUUAAUUUUAGAGCCAUUAUCUCUAUAUAUUUAACAGUCAUUAGUGUAAAUAGUGUCUUUAAGAGUUUUAAAUUACUCAAACAAACUACUAAAUAUUAUAAAAUAAUCUUCUGCAGUAAUUUAGGUAAAUUGUUAUUAAAAUUUAUUAAUAGAUUAAUCUGCGGCACUUAUUAAAAUGA